AUGGAGUUAUAUUAUUAAUUAUGACCAUUGAAUUCUUCAAUUUAUUUUUUUUUGAAACUUUCCAUUAUCAUUAUCAGAUCAACUUAUCAAUAUAACAAAAUCACUCUGACCAUAUAUUGGGCUUUUUAUUAUCCUCACUGUUUCUCUCCUGAUGGAAAUACAUUAGCUUCUGGUAGUGACGAUAAAUCUAUCCGCCUAUGGGAUGUAAAGACAGGAUAAGAAAUUAAAUCCUCUGAUAAAAACUACAAAGAUAUUUUUGCAUAAUUUAAGAUUCCCCUCCAAUAACAGAGCCAUAUUUCAGAAGGUAGUAUUUAUUACCUAUCAUAUUGUUAGCCUCCAAUUACAUCACUACACUCCUUAUAUCAUAAUCCACAAUAUUCUAAGCAUAAGGAGCACUUGUUCUCAAGGGAGAAUUGAUUAAUCAUCAAGGCACUGAUUUGAGACCUUUAUUUAAAUCCAAAGGUAGUUGCUUUUUAGAAGACCUCAAGUAAAAGUGA